AUGGCGUAUCAAGUCAAGGAGAUCCCGACAAAGCCCUACGAUGGGCAGAAACCUGGCACUUCCGGUCUCAGGAAGAGGGUGAAGGUCUUCCAGCAGGAGCAUUACACCGAGAAUUUUGUACAGGCCAUCUUUGACUCAAUCGACCCCAAGGGGUCUACUCUCGUCAUCGGUGGUGACGGCCGUUUCUUCUCCCCGGAGACUGUGCAAACGAUCCUUCAGAUCGGCUCUGCGAACGGAGUCGCGAAAUUCAUCAUAGGCCACAAUGCCAUUCUGUCUACCCCCGCUGCCUCGAACGUGAUCCGCAAGUACAAGGCAAACGGUGGUAUCCUGCUCACCGCCAGCCACAACCCUGGCGGUCCCAACAAUGAUUUCGGUAUCAAGUACAACGUGUCCAACGGGGGUCCGGCCCCGGAGAACGUGACGAACAAGAUCUUCGAGAAAUCGAAGGUCAUCGCGUCAUACAAGGUCAUCGAGCUGCCCCCUCUUGACCUCUCCAAGAUCGGCAGCUUUACGUAUGGCCCGACCAAGGUCGAGAUCAUCGACUCCGUCACGGACUACGUGCUGCUGCUCAAAUCAAUCUUCGACUUCCCGCUCAUCAAGUCGUUCUUGCUCACGAACGCAACCUCGUUCCGCGUACUGUUCGACGGUAUGCACGGAGUCACGGGUCCAUACGGCAGCGCGAUCUUCGUGGACGAGUUGGGGCUACCCGCGUCCUCGGUGCAGAACGCGGUGCCUCUGCCCGACUUCGGCGGAGGACACCCUGACCCUAACCUCACGUACGCGCACGAGCUCGUGGACCGCGUCGAGGCGGAGAACAUCCAGUUCGGCGCGGCGAGCGACGGUGACGGUGACCGGAACAUGAUCUACGGCAAGGGUGCGUUCGUGACGCCGAGCGACAGUGUCGCGAUCAUUGCAGAUUGGGCACAGGACGCGAUCCCGUACUUUAAGAACGGAAUUAAGGGUCUCGCGCGCAGCAUGCCUACCAGCGGCCAGAUCGAUUAUGUUGCGAAGAAGAAGGGUCUGGCGUGCCAUGUCGUGCCCACAGGCUGGAAAUUCUUCGGAAACCUCAUGGAUGCUGGACAGCUGUCAAUUUGCGGUGAGGAAUCGUUUGGCACAGGGUCAGACCACAUCCGGGAGAAAGACGGUGUGUGGGCGAUCGUCGCAUGGUUGAACAUCCUCGCGUAUGCGAACAAGCAGUCGCCAAACGAGCUCCUCGGUAUAAACGAGCUGCUGCAGAAGCACUAUGCGGUCUACGGGCGCUCGUUCUUCUCGCGCUAUGACUACGAGGAGGUCUCCUCUGAGGGUGCGCAGCAGCUCGUGGAUGCGCUGAACGCGCACAUCAGCAAGGGUUCACUUGCGAAGACAUCGCACACGUCCAAGACGACCGGGCAGACGUUCGAAGUCUCGGAGGUAUACAACUUCGACUACACGGACCCGAUCGACAAGAGCGUGUCGAAGAACCAGGGCCAGGUAGUGAAGUUCACCGACGGCAGCCGAGUCGUGUUCCGCCUCAGCGGCACCGGCAGCCACGGCGCGACCGUGCGGAUGUAUGUCGAGCGUUAUGUCGUGCCGGAGAAAGGCUUGGAGGAGCUCCGGAAGAACACCGCGGAAGGCCUCAAGGGUCUCAUCGAGGUCGCACUGGAGAUCAGCAACUUGACCAAGUUCUUGGGCAGGGAGAAGCCAACCGUCAUCACGUAG